AUGUUGAAUACAACUAAAAAGGAGUCUCAAAGUAUGAAUGAUUAUGUGUUACGUAUGAAAGAAUUUGCAGAUAAACUUAAUGCUAGUGGUGUACACAUAGAAGAUGAAGAAUUGUUAAUGUACAUUCUAGAUGGAUUGGGAUCUGAAUACGAUGUUGUAAUAGCAAACCUUACUUCAACUGUGAGUCAAAUUACCUUUCAGGAAGCUCCAUUCCUGUUACAUAAACAUGAAUUGAGGUUAGAAAGACAAAACAGUGCAUUAUUAACUUUUCAUGAGCAAAUGUCGUCUGCAUUAAUGGUAGCUAAGACAAACACUUCUGAAGGAACUGCAUCUUUGUCACGUGUGUCAUCUGGAAUACCAUCACAGCAAGGUCCACCACUAGCGCAUUUUCAAGGAUCUAGUAGAAGAGGCUACUCUAAGACACGGUUGAUGUGCCAAGUUUGCGGAAAGCCAGAUCAUUCAGCUCUUCAUUGUUAUCAUAGAUUCGAUCAAGACUAUCAAGGUUUUCCAAAUGCAAGUUAUGGAAAUCCAGGGCACCAAUCCUAUGUCAAUUAUACUGGAGCAAAUCAACAAGUUUUGCCCAUUAUUCAACAUACUUAUUCAACCUCUGCAAAUGAAACUCCUCAAGCCAUGUAUGCUGGAACUAUUAUACCAGUUCAGUACUACAAUAAUCAUGUUGGACAGUUUCAUGAUUACUCAGCUAUUGGAGCUCCAGCAAUGCAUCAACUUGAUCCUAGUCCAGCCUUUACCAUGCAAGCUUCCCAUCAAUUUUCACAAAGCCCUUCUGGUUCUUCCACCAAACCAGAUACUAUCUUGCCCACAGGACAUGCUGAUCACACACUUGCUACACCACAAAUAGUGAAGGAUCAUUCUUGGUACAUGGACUCAGGAGCUUCCAACCAUAUGACUGCAGACACAAAUACAAUGCUGAUGACAUUAGGAUACUCAAGGGGUUCUAAGGUGCAAGUUGGGAAUGGUAAGUCCUUGCCAAUAACUCACACAAGUAUGGUAAUGCUGCCUUCCUCUGAUUGUCAUAAGAUUUUACAUCUCAAGAAUAUUCUUUGUGCGCCUAAGAUUGCAAAAAAAUUGUUAAGCAUUUCUCAAAUCACAAAAGAUAAUAAUGUGAGUGUUGAAUUCUAUUAUGACCAUUGUUUGGUAAAGGAUAGAGGCAGCAAAGCUAUACUACUGCAAGGGACUGUCAAGCAUGGUCUUUAUCAGCUGGAUAUUCCAUUCACUGCUGCUUCUUCUGUAGUUGCUUCUGUUAAUUCUACUACUGCUUCAAAUAAGUCUGCAUCACUUCAUUCACCACCAGUGAUCUCUUCAAGUUCAUAUAGAAUGUCUAAUAAGUUGUUAGCUGAUUCACAAUGCUUGAACAGUAUUGUUGACAAUAGUCUUUCUGUUUGUAAAACAACAUCUACACUGUCAAGUACAUUCUCUCUUUGGCAUGCUAGAUUAGGACACCUUAGUACCAAAGCACUUCAUUAUGUACUAACUAAGCUGAAUGUGAAAUUUGUUGCUGAUGUUAAUAAAAAUACUAUAUGUGAAGCUUGUGCCUAUGGAAAAUUGUCGCAAUGUAGUUUUCCCUCUUCUAAUUCAAGAGCACAUGCCCCUUUAGACUUGGUGUACUCUGAUUUGUAG